AGAAUCAGCUACUGCAGACAAACAUAUUUUGUCAGAAAUAUGGAGGAAUAGAAGACUAAUGGUAUCACAAAAUGGGACACAUGAAGAAAAGAACUGUACAGACCCAGCAAUUACUGAAUUUCCUACAGAUUUGUUUACAAACAAGGAACGACAGCACGGAGCAGUACUGCUUCAUAUUUUUAGUGCACUUUAUAUGUUCUAUGCUUUGGCUAUAGUAUGUGAUGACUUCUUUGUUCCAUCAUUAGAAAAAAUUUGUGAGAAACUACAUUUGAGUGAAGAUGUUGCUGGAGCCACUUUCAUGGCUGCAGGAAGCUCAACCCCAGAAUUGUUUGCCUCUGUUAUUGGUGUAUUUAUCACUCAUGGUGAUGUAGGAGUUGGGACAAUUGUCGGUUCUGCAGUUUUCAACAUCCUCUGCAUUAUUGGUGUCUGUGGGAUAUUCGCAGGACACGUGGUUCUUCUCACCUGGUGGGCUGUGUUCAGGGAUUCUGUCUACUACACGCUGUCUGUGAUCAUACUUAUUGCUUUCAUAUAUGAUGAGAAAAUAGUAUGGUGGGAAAGCCUUGUACUCAUCAUUAUGUAUUCAUUCUAUAUACUUAUCAUGAAGUACAAUGUGAAAUUGCAAAACUUUUUUACCUUCAAAAGAAAGAAUGUUGGAAAUGGCAACACCGUCAACAAUGAGCUGGAAGAUGGUAAUGCAUAUUAUGGCAUUAGCUGUGAUGACCCAUCCAUACCAUUGCUAUUGAAAGUGAAGGGAGUACAGCAGUACGGCAAAAACACUGUAGUGAUGGUGGAUGAGAUCAUCUGUUCCAGCCCACCAAAAUUCCGUUUCCCUGAAGCGGGCUUACGAAUAAUGAUAACAAAUAAAUUUGGACCAAGAACCAGAAUGCGAAUGGCAAGCAGACUCAUUAUUAACGAGCGUCAGCGACUGAUUCAGUCUGCCAAUGGCACAAGCAAACCGCUUCAGAACGGGAAGCACGAGAACAUUGAAAAUGGGAACAUCCAUGUGGAAAACCAGGAAGAGAAUGAGCAUGAUAACCUGUCUCCCUUUUCAAUACCAGAUGGAAAAGUGAACAAGGUCAAGUGGAUUUUGACAUGGCCAUUGAUAUUUCUGCUUUUUUGUACCAUUCCAAACUGCAGCAAGCCACGCUGGGAGAACUUUUUCAUGUUGACAUUUAUUUUAUCCACUCUGUGGAUUGCAUUGUUUUCCUAUUUUAUGGUAUGGAUGGUUACUGUGAUUGGAUACACUCUGGGGAUUCCUGAUGUUAUCAUGGGCAUUACUUUCCUAGCAGCAGGAACAAGUGUACCAGACUGCAUGGCCAGCUUAAUAGUAGCAAGACAAGGCCUUGGUGAUAUGGCAGUAUCCAACACAAUAGGGAGCAAUGUAUUUGACAUUUUAGUAGGCCUUGGAGUCCCAUGGGGCUUGCAAACGAUGGUGGUUGAUUAUGGAUCGUCUGUUAGGAUAAAUAGCAAGGGGCUGGUCUAUUCAGUUGUGCUUCUGCUGGGAUCUGUAGCUCUUACUGUGGCUGGAAUCCAUAUAAAUCAAUGGAAACUUGACAAGAAACUAGGCAUCUAUGUGUUGCUUCUCUAUGCCGUUUUCCUGUGUUUCUCUAUAUUAAUAGAGUUCAAUGUCUUCACCUUUGUCAACUUCCCAAUGUGCCGAGAAAAUCUUUAAAUAAGCGACACAAAAGGAGAGAGACUCAGAUGUUCUUAACUCCUUGUCCA